GAGAGAGAGACAGAGAGAGAGAGUAACCUCAAAUUAUUAUUGCAAGUCUGUCCACUGUGAGCCCAGGAGGUGUUUGUGAAGAAACUAAAUCUGGACUCAUACUGAGGACAUGGGAGUCACCCAUGGAAAGAAGAAAGAUCUCCAACAUUCUCCAGAGAAGCACCUGAACGGGUCUGCCUCAGUGAUGCAGACACACCAAACUGUACAGCCAGAGCGAUACUCAGAGCCUCAGGCUCCUCUGUCCCAACUACAGAGUGAGGAGGAGGGCAGUAAUCUCAUCAGACCUCAAAAACCUCUCAAUCCUUUAACGGCCUCCAAGAGCCACCAGGAGCUGCACAAAGAACUGCGGAUGACCCACAAGAGGAGAGUGUCUCAAGAAGGAAAAACUGAACUCCAGAGGGCUUUAGAAAAGAGGAGGUGGGAACAAAGGAGGAAGGCAAGAAGUGAUCAGGAGGAGGCGAAGAAGAACACAUCACCACUUCAUCAGGAGCUGCUGAAAAGACAGCAGAGGCUAGAAGAGCUGGAGAGAGACGAGGGACAACAGCGGGAGGGGCCGGAGUUCCUCCAAGUUAAAGAAAGACUCAGAAGGACUGCAGUGCUGGAUGCAGGAGGAAAUGACGUGUGACAGUUAUGAUUUGUGAGUGUAUGUGCAUGUUUUGUAUUGAUAGUGAGCACAAUGGACCGCUGGGAACAUGUGGAGGGACUGGUCUUCAUUAUUGCAGUUUAGGAGAUUAAAAAAACCUGUACAACAGAUGCUGCUCUGCAUUCAUGGUGAUCACACCGAUCAGAUCAGGUGAAGUGAGACAUUUGUGUCACUUUGUCUGUUAGAUAUAAAAGUGUACAUAGUGAUUCAAAUUCACAUACAGUAGUAAGAAAAAGUAUAUGAACCCUUUAAAAUGAAAUGAAAGUUUUCUGUAUACAUUUUUCCAUAAAAUGUGAUUUGCUCUGCAUCUAAAUCCCAAGAAUGGACAAACACAAAAUGCUUAACCUAAUAUCACACAAACAAUUAUAAUAUUUCAUGUCUUUAUUGAAAACAUCCAUGAAACAUUGAUAGUAAGUGAACCCUGAUAUUAAAGACUCCAUCACAAUCUAAUUUGAGUGAAGAGUUAGCAAACCUGGAGUCCAAUCAAUGAAACAAGGUUUGAGUAAGAUGUAGAGCUACUUUGACCAAUAAAAACACUCAAACUACUUGAGUUGGCUAUUCACAAGGAGCAUCUGCUGAUAUGAACCAGGUUUGCUAACUCCUGACUCCAAUUAGGUCUUGAUGGAGUCAUUGGCCUAAGGGUUCACUUACUUUUUCCAUUAGAACUAUGAAUGUUUAAUGGAUGUGUCCAAUAAAGACAUGAAAUAUUAUAAUUGUUCGUGUGAUAUUAGGUUAAGCACAUUGUGUUUGUCUAUAUUUACUUAGAUGCAGAUCAGAUGACAUUUUAUCACAAAUUUAUGUAGAAAAAUAGGUAAUUUCAAAGGGUUCACUUACUUUUUUGUUGCCACUGUAUAUUCAAUAUGUAAUGUAAUAUAAUGGCUGGGCACAGUCCUAACCGUUUGGACCCUGGGCCCCUGGCCCAAGACAGACGCUGAAACAAAAGGUUUUAAGACGGCUGUAUAAUUAGACAGACAGUAUGACAGUAAUUUUGUUGUUUUUUAAUGUUGAAGAAUAUAAACAUGUUCUAGUAGAACGUAAAA